CUGAAAGAUAAAUGGAAAAAGUUUGACUCAAGACAAAUGUCACCAUAAUAUUCAAACUAAAAAAAAAAAAGUUUAUUGAUGGAGGUAUAACUACUCAGUUUAACUGUGGUUCUAAACUAUUGUAAUAAACUUAAUGAUUUCAGGACCGUUUUGGGUCAGAACACAAAGUUUGGAUGAUUUGAAGAUCUCGAGAAGUUUCAGCUCAGUCUUCUGUCAAGAUGGAGGCCUUGGUCAGCCAGUAACGCUAAAGUACCAGAGAAAUGUCGUCACACUACAAUUUGAAAAAAACAAUUCCAUGUCUCUCCAUGUUGUGCUGUGGUUGGCACCAACAUAUUAAUGCAUCUAUUUGUGUCUAUUGUGAAGUUCCUUACCUCAUUCGAAGCUCUACAGUAACACCUUGCAAUAGAUUUCUCAUUUGCCAACCUUACAUCAGUUGUUUAUGGUUUCAGGUUGCAUCAGUGAGAUGAAGCUUCUGUACGGCUACUGUAGAUAAAAUACUCAUGGGAGAUUCACCAUGCUGCAGGAGAAACAAAACUUACCAUCCAGUUGGUGGCUUAUGUUUCCUACUAAAGUUUCUGUAACCUAAAAUAUCAUUUUCUAAAAUCCAAAAAAGGAGGAAUGUUGGGUAACAGGAGACCUUUUACAACUUUGCACGUUGUUCAGAAAAGUUGCUCCACCUCAUCCAUCUCCACACCAUCCAAUCACUGCAGACAGUGACUCAAGUCCAUGUAGUUAACCAAUUACAACUUAGCUCAAUAUUAUGAACGUGAAUCACAUGAUCUAAAUUCUGUCCCAUUCCUGAAACGGUACACUUGGUCCUAGUAGAGUGAGUUAUUUGUCCCAGUGAUCAUCAGGAUCAGACGGUCGGUGCCGUGUUGAGGUAAGGCGUUUGACGAGAUGUUUCUCUAUUAAGUGCGAUAUGAAUGGAUUAGACAUGAAUGAAAAACAUGAACUUUUACUCCAACUCUUUUUUUUUUCUUCUAGCAUUUCCUUCCAGAUUUAAAACAUGUUGAACACCAGCCUUUAUGACAACUCAACCAGCACCGGGGGUCGUGUUCGCCCUCUCUGGUACAAUUAUCCAGAAUGUGCUGUGUCCCCUCAGCCCUUUGCCUUCUACUUUGCGUGCAAGUUGAUCAACCUGGUGGUUGGCACUCCGGGCAACAUCUUUGUCAUCUGGCAAAUCGCUUCAAAAAAGAAGAACACCUCAACGUCAGACAUCUUCUUCUUCAACUUGGCCGUGCUGGACGCCUACUUCUGCUUGAUGACCCCUAUAGAGUUGGCCAACCGGCUGGAUAUGGACAACAAAAAAAUCUGGAUCUUCCAGAGGUUUGCGUAUGGGGUGAAGGACCUAGCACCGCUCUUUCUUGUGUGUAUCUGUAUGGACCGCUACAUGGCUGUCGUACACCCAGUGUUUUUCUCAAGCUACCAAGAGACCAUCACCCGCAUCUGCGUUUGUAUCUUAAUCUGGAGUUUAAUAAUGCCCUACAGCAUCUACAAGGGGAUCAACGGCAUUAUGAGCGUAACCGGCAUCUUCGGCGGGGUCAUCCUCUUUGCAUUCGCCGUCAUGGUCUUCUGCAACAUCUCCGUCAUCUGGGUCCUCCGGCACUCGGUGGCGGGGAAGGAAAAGAUGCACCCGGUGAAGAAGAGAGCCUUCAAGAUGGUGCUGAAGAACCUGGGCAUCAUCGCCUUCAACUACCUGCCCCCCGUGGCCUUCAUGCCCUUUGUGUCUUACUACACGUAUUUCGAGUACCGCUGUCUGAUCAGCAUCAGCGUGUUCGCCAUCAUGGACCUGAGCUGCAGCAUCGAGCCCCUGCUCUACAUCUCAAAGUCAGAGGGACUGAACAGUAUCUGCUGCAAGAAGGCCUCGGAAACCCCGGCCGACGUCAAGGUUUAACCCGGCCAUGUGUAAAGUCACUUCCCGUCCAUCGACACCCCUACGGUUACACAAGAGUCUUAAAAUAAAUAGUUAUCAUGGCGACUUGGUAAAACCCAAGAAAAUGUUUGUUUUCUCCCGUUAUCCUCAAUAUUUUUUAUUUACCAACUGAUGAAGAUAUUCACAUUAAUCUUGUGCUGAAAAAAGUGAAUUGUUGAUCCCACUUAAAUAAAUUGUUUCAAUUAGUAACAAGGAAUUGAAUCAUGUUCAUCCAGGUUAAUAAUUAUGCUGUUAAGUUAAAUAAAGACAAUAAAUUAACUUGUUUCCCAUCACCAGUCAUACCUGAGGGAAACAUGUUGCCUACUGAUUAAACAUUCCUCGAGACUUUGGUUAACUCAAAAAGUAAAGUAUAACUUAAAAUCAUAUUUGAACACAAUAACUAAAAAUGUUUUGUUGUUUUUUUAGUUUGUUUUUUCCCCAUUGAAAAGUCUGCAAUCAGUUGCUAAAUGGCUCAUUUUCAGAUUAUGCUUCUGCAAUAAAAGAGUAAUUCACUUUAAAUAUUUGAUGCAUCUGUAGCAGUGACGGCAACAAUUGUAGAGGGCACUGUAACUAGCCAAUUUGAAUUAGCAAAA